ACUAGCCACAUCAAAGCUUCGGUUGCAAUUCGACGGAACCUGCAACGUCACCGUUUAACAAUAAAUAAUUCCAUAAAAGUAACCCUUACCUUAUUAACCUACAGGUCUCAUAAAUCCACACUUCGCCUUUAUGAACAGUGCCACAAAACCCCUAUAAAGAGCUUCGGCUCGAUUUACUCGACCAAAAACAACAACAUGUCUCCCGAAGCUCUAGAGAAGCGAUUUACCGAUCUACAAGACCGUCUCGCGCUCCUGCAAGAUGCGACUAACCAGCUCAAGGUGCUGAUCGACCGACUGGCCAACUUCAAGUUCCAACCCGGUUCCGUGCCCCUCGGCGCGAGCGACGACGACAAUGUCGGGUCGGAACUCAGCUCCGAAAUCAACCAGAUACUGCGCGAACAGGAGGAGGAGCUCGAGCUGCUGCACGAGGAAAUAAUAGAUAUCCACCCAGGAAAGCCAGGGGGCGGUUUACAACACGACAAAGAUAGGCUGAAAGACGGCGCAACACGGCUUGAGGAGGAGCUGCAGAAUUGUCGGAAGGCCUUUAGGAGAGCCCAAGUCUCGGCGAAGCGCAACCUGCAACUAGCCCAGCGCCAAGAGCGCGAGCUUCUCUACGCCUCCUUUUCGAGCCCCCAAUCCGGCGCCUCGUCCCCCUUGCCCCCGGAAUCAGCUACAUUGCUACCGCCCAGCCGACGGAAACCGCGCGCCCGCGCCGAGAUGUCCAGGGAGGAGCAGAUGCUUAGCGCCAGCAGCGAUGUGACCGAGUCGAUGCGCAGGACUCACGAUAUGAUGGCCGCCGAGCUGUCCAAGAGCGACUUCGCGCAUAAUGCGCUGAAGGAGUCGACGGCCGCGCUAUCGCAGCUGUCGGAGAAUUACUCGAGCCUGGAUACCAUGCUGUCGAAUUCGAGAGCGUUGCUUGGCACGCUGCUCAAGAGCCAGAAGACUGAUACUUGGUAUUUGCAGUCGGCUUUUUAUAUAUUAGUCGUCACUAUCGGCUGGUUAAUAUUCCGGCGUCUGCUCUGGGGUCCGACAUGGUGGCUCGUCUGGCUCCCCUUGAAGCUUAUGUUUAAGGGCGCGGUUGGCGUGUCGAAUACGGUCUCCCGACGGAACGCACAAGUAUCGAGUCCCGACCUCGACACGUCUACGACACAAUCCAGGUCGCCGCAGGUACACAUGAAUAACGAAGGGGUCCAGACGGCGCAAGUCAGUUAUCAAUCGGAGAUGUCACAUGAGAGCACAGAGGCUAUAAUGGAGGAAGUUGAUAGGAUUAUUAAUAACGAAACGGCGGAAGAAGAAGCCCCUGGAGCGGAAGCAGAAAAUGAUACGCAGGCAGAGGGAAAGGAAAAGGAAGAAACCGUGCUAAGGGAACGCAACGACGACGAAGCCCCUAAUCCGAAGAAGCGCGUGAUGGAAGUAGAAGUCCAAGUAGAAGUAGAAGAGCACACUGGUCCGCAAUCCUCCAGCAGCGAAGAAAGACCUAGGGAUGAGCUGUAACAUUUAGAGAAAAAAAACGAAUACCACAUCCCUUACCAUCAUCAUCCCCAAAUUCUUUAUUGCCGUCCCGCAGCAUAUAGUUCUGUCUGUUUCGACGGAUAUUAAUCCCUUUCAAGGCCCCGCCCGCCGCGGAAAGCUCCUGUAAGUUGAGGCUAAACAUUCCUUUGUCCCCGCGCGGGAGACGGGGCUCGACCGUUUUAUUAUUGACUUGGCCGGCAUUUCGCUUGCACAAUGAAAAAGACGGCUGGUGGAGGGUGGACGACGUCAAGUAGAGAGCCACGUAGGUUCUUUUAUAUAUAUAUAUGUGUGUGUGUGUGUGGACGGGGACAAAAGAGAUGAAGCGGAGUGGCUUGGUAUAUAUCAUCAUCCCCCUGCUGUUUUUAUUUUUCUCUUGGCUCCUGGAGAGACUAUUCUCGAUUCUAUUCCCAACUUCUAUUCUAAUUCGGAAAACUAAAACAAUUACAGCUUAGCUACUGGUGCUCUUCACACUUUACAUACAUGCAUUGAUGCAGUUAAUUUUCAUUUCAUUCUACUAAUCUUAAUCCCCAAAUUCCAUCCUCCUUUACUCCAAACUACUUAAAGCACGCACGCAG